AAAAGAGGCAUUGAUGUUUAAAAGAAAACUUAAGGCGAAUACCCACUGCUAAAAAAAAAACUCCCUGUCAUGAUAGUGACUGGAGAGGGAAUAACCCUUCCAUACAUGUAGAUUUUUUUUUUCUGUUUUUUCUAAAUGAAAAGCCUCGAAGCGGAUGAUGAAUGGGCACGGUGGCGGUUUUGAUCAAGAUGUGAGUUGGGGAGGGAGGGGAGGGGGGAUGAGAAAGGCGAAAAAUAGCCUGAGUAGAAACCCUCCCACUGCCAGCAGACGGGGCAAGAGGCGAAUACUCUCUGGCUGUGGCUCCCACACAAGGAAGGCUUUGUGCAUUGGAGCGACAACAUUGCAUCUCUCCCCCCUCUCUCUCUCUCUCCUUCCCUCAUGGAUGCAGCAGCCGCUGUCUGUGAUAACCUGCCUUUCUGAUUUAUCUCUUUUCUCAUUAUUUCGUAUUCCAGGCGCCCUUCCUGCUUUGUUGCCGAUGCACUGAGAUUAAAACACACAGAGAGAGAGAGAGAGAGGAAGGGAGGCAGGGAGAGCAGAGAUUCGGAUUGUUUUUGAAUCCUUUUAGAAAGAGGGGCUUUUUUUUUUGUUAGUGGUUACAGUGAUGGGGAUGGGAGCUCUCCGUUCGCACAUCCCCCGCAGACGCUGCAUUGGCGUGAUCUGCAUCCCAGCUGGAAGGACACUCAGCCGGGGGACUAUGUGAGGCUGGCCCGUUCCCUCAGCCCCUGCCUCCGGCCGCUGUUGGAGCAUGCUGUGGAGGGGGCUAUGCCCCCGCUCCCGGCUCUCUCUCGGGCUCGCCCUCUGUGUCUCGCUGCUGUGCUGGCUUUAUGUCUACCCGGUCUACAGGAUCCCCGACGAGAAGGAGAUAGUCGAGGAGAUCCUGCAGCAGGCGCGCUGGAAGAGGAACCAGACAGCCAUCGCCGCAUUCAGGAGACUACUUGAGCAAUGUUGUGAUGCACAACGGCUGUUUGCUGUGACAAAGUUGAACUCACCCUUGGGAAAGAAUCUCAGGUUUGAUGGAGAGUUCCUCUACUCACUUGCUGUCAACAAUGAAAUCUUCUCCAUGUUUCCACAGGAUACACCAUUCCAGUUGCCGCUGAAAAAGUGUUCGGUUGUGGGAAAUGGCGGAAUUUUGAAGGAGAGUAAUUGUGGCAGUCGGAUCGACAAGGCAGAUUUUGUCAUGCGGUGUAACCUCCCUCCUCUAUCUAAUGAAUACACCAAGGAUGCAGGCUAUAGGACGCACCUGGUGACUGCAAACCCAAGCAUCAUUGAGAAAAGAUUCCAGAACCUUCUGUGGUCCAGGAAAUCCUUUGUGGAAAGUAUGAAGGUGUAUGGCCAUAGCUAUAUUUACAUGCCUGCCUUUUCCAUGAAGACAGGGACAGAUCCUUCCUUCCGUACCUACUACACAUUGUCUGACUUCAGUGCCAACCAAACCAUACUCUUUGCCAAUCCGGAUUUUUUGCGCAAUGUUGAGAAGUUCUGGAAGGGCAAGGGAAUCCAUGCCAAGCGCUUGUCCACCGGCCUGUUCCUUGUCAGUGUUGCCUUGGGCCUCUGUGAAGAUGUGACCCUUUAUGGAUUUUGGCCAUUUUCAAUGGACCUGCAAGGGAGGAUAAUUAGCCACCACUACUAUGACAAUGUGAUGCCUUUUUCAGGCUACCAUGCCAUGCCAGAGGAGUUCCUCCAACUCUGGCUCCUGCAUAAAAGUGGCAUAUUAAAGAUGCAGAUUGGCAAAUGUGAUGAGAAUACAAAACAGUGAAUUGCAGAAGUAUGGAGGGGCGUAACAUACAGGUUUCUGAUGUAGCCCUUGCAGGGUAAAUCUAUUGACUUGCACAGACAUUUCGUUUUGAUAUCGACCCAUAUCAUGUGAGAGAGACGGUGACUGAACACAAAACCAGAACAUCUCUCUUCAUUGCCAUAGACUGCGAACGCAUUUACUGAAAUAAGUGACGGAGUGACCUAGAUCCGUACUGACUUCUACUUCCAACACUUCACCUGCACUGUGCAUGGAAUAUCUUGUUGAAAAGCGUGUGGACAGACUGGUAGAGUUGAUGGACUGUGUCAAUUUAUACCAGUUGGUAGGCACAUCCAUUGUUAGUUAAUGCGUAGACUGCCAGAGGCUUAGUUUUAUAAAAGGUUGCUUGUAAAUAUUAUCUUAGUUGUUGUUUAAAGAUUCCCAUGGAAGCAGCUGGUAACAAGAUCUCUGUUGUCCUCGGAUUUGUCUGUGAGUUAUAUUGGACCCAGACUAGUCGAUCUGGUCAGCUCCAUAAACAGAUUCCUAGCAUUUCCUUACUUUUUGAUUCUUUUUGCAAGCCCCAGUGCAAAGCAAUUAGCUUCAUACAUUUUUAAAACUGAGUGGGGUUUUCUUUCGGACCUGCAUAAAUAAGUCAAUCUCAAUCAGUUUUUUUUUUGCCUUAACUUCGUAGAUACAGAAUAGGCUUCCACCUCUUGUGUUUGUCUUAUAACUUUGUUGCAUCUUUCCGUGAUCAUUUACUUUCUAUUCCUAUGCUGUGGGUCAAUGCAAAAUGUCACUGAGGAUAUCUAUUUCUCCCAUUGCGAGAAUAUCAUUGAACAUAUAAAUAUGGACAAAAAGUCCAAUUGGAAUCAUUUAUUACACAAAACUGACAGCAAUUGAAUGCAAUCAUUUAUUGUAUAGACUAGACAGCAUGGGAGGUCUUUAGUUAGUUGCAACUCCUUGGGCUUGAAAUUUUAAACAGAAGAAUUUAGUUUUACAUGUUCCUUCUGCAGGAUGGGCAAGUCUUUAGUGCUGGCUUGGAAACUCAUUGGAUAGAAGUUUAGCCCAAGGGACUGCUGGUGAGUGUGAUGCUGUGCUCCCCACAGCCAUGGAACCAGGCCAUGUUGGGAGUGAAUCAUACAAAUUUACUUCUUGCUAACAGCAAUGGUAUGAGAUUUUCAGAGAAUUGCCUUUCAGGCCAAGAUAUUUCAUAUCGUUACUGUUGAUUUGCGAGAGAAACCUGACUUUUCUGCUUUGCUGUUGUGAGAAUUUUGCCUUUGCUUUCUGGUUGUGUAUCUGGUUUAGAGAGACUUGGGGAUGGAAUGAGAAAUGUCUGUUGUCAGUGUUGUUACAGUGUUUUUUCUAACUCAGGUUUAAAACUGUUUCCAAUGCUGAAUUUUCUCACGGCAACAUUUUAAUGUCAGAUUGACAUAUUACUUGAAGCAAGUUCAUGUCAAAUCUUGGGAAAAUAGAACUCCUGGAGACAGUUGAUCUGCCUUCAGCUCGGAAAUCUAUUUGGGGUUCAUUGUCACAGUUUUCAAGAUAGAGUGUCAUAACAGCCAACUCUGCAAAUUUGGGACAAUACUGACCCUGGCCCUGACAAAUAUGUCUGCCUGGAUAUUUUCCUGAAGCAUGUGUCGAAUAUAGGAAACAGGUUUUGAAUUUGCAAAAUUUGUUAAUGUUUUUUGUACGUUAGUAAGGAGAAUCAUAUUACAACGCAAAAGAGGGUGAACUCAAUCAUCAGCAGGAUCCCAUUGCAACCUUCGCACUUAGAUCGUUGCCAUUGGUAUUUACAAUGCUGUGUUGCCAAUCAAGGGGACUUUCAACCUGGAUUGCAGUUGGAAGGGAUUGUAUGUUGUUGGACAUUGAAUUCAGAUAGGCCCAAGUUUCAUUCCAGUUGUUCAUUUAAGAAUGCUGUAGUUUCAUCCCCAUCCCCAUACCCCAAUUUGAUAUUGUUCAGCUGUGUUCAGCAAGUUGGAGUUUGAUCAUUGGUUAGAACCGAAUGCUUCACUUACAAGGGCAAAGGUGAGUCCCACUCUAUCAAAAGCAGCUUCCUGUAUGCUCAUUGCAAGGCAGAAAUUGAUGAAUGGUUAGAAAGAUGGAUCUGACCCAGCCCAGACCUUCUUUGUCAGAGUGGGGAAAGCCUGUGAAAACAGAAAAAUGAGAGCGUCGAUGUUUAAAUGUAAAAAGUACAGCAGUCAAUUGUGACCAAUGUGUUCAAGAAAGUGAAAGAUCCGUCUGUGCGUGUUGCAAAUCCAGCUGGGUGGAUAUAUUAAUCUUAACACAGAUAGUAGGUAUUAGGUGGGUAUCUGUGAAUGUAUUGUCUAUGAAAUGCUGUAGCAAACUGUCAUAGAAUACCCUGUCAAAACUCCCCAUAUGUUUCUUAAAAGCAUUAGAAUAGAUCUUGUAGAACCCUAGUGGAAGAAUUGCAUAUCCUGUAAGGUUUUGCUGAUUUACCUUUUAAAACAGGGCUGACUUUAACCUUUGUAACGUAGUCGAAAAGGUGGAAGAAAUCCUUGAAUCUCCAUGUCUUCGCGUCCCGUUACUAUUGUAGCUGCCUGUCAACAUAGGAACUUCAACUCCCUCAGUGAGGCCCAAAGGAUUCUGCUUGGGAUCCCAGUAUUAUUAAGGUGCAAACCACCAUUUCUGUGUGCUGAUAUUAGUUGUUUCUUGAUCUUUUAAAAGGGGCAGUGUUGUGUGUGCUGUGUGCGCAGUAUGUGUAUAAGCCAAAUGUGCAGCAAGGUUAUGUUGCACUGUGAGAAUAUUUCAGCUAGCUGGCCUGUUCCUUUACCAUGAACAGCAGAUUUGAUUUCACCUGAUUUCAUAUUUGGCUACCUCAGGUAUGUAUCUGACUCCUGGCUGCCUUAAUUAUUCUCCCAUCGGUUAAUGAAAAAGGACACAAGUCUGUAAAUGGAUAGAAGACAAAUUUGAAUCAACUGAUCUUUAUCAUUGUAAUCCAGUUAAUUUACAUCAUUUUUGCUCACAAUCGAUGAAUCCUGUCCUUUUAUUAUGACACCCAUUCCAGUAAUAUAAAGGCAACUGGCUCCUUUUUUACAUUCAACAAUGCUGUUGUAGUCUGGAUCAACAUUGUAUAAGAGUGAAUUGUGAGCUUUUUCAUGGUCAAUUAGAUGAAUCUUCUACUGGACUUGUAGUUUUUCUUGGUGCUAUUAAUGUAGCUUCAGAUUAAUAAUUUUAUUUUCAUUUUCUUAAACAUUUCAUCAAAAAUAUGUACAUCAAAUGUAGUUAUAGUUUUUGAUAUGUGCCCUCCUGUUUGAGUAGAUUAUGGCAUACUUUAACAAUUACCGGUUCAGUCAGUUCCACAACAGAUAUAUAAGUCAAUAGCAACUGAUGUUUGCACACAUAUACAUUAGCGACCUCCUUAUCAAGGUGUUCAUUAUAGGACAAUGGAGCUUUAGUCAUUGUAACGUAUUAGUUUUGUAAAUCAGAAAAAAAACUAUUGUACUUAGUUCAUUUUGUGCAAACUGUUGCAUACAUUGAAAUCAAUUGUGUACCUGCAGACAUAUGAGAUGGCUGUCCAGCUAUUAAGCUCGUGAUUUUUUUUUGUGAAUGAUGCAAUCACUGUUUGAUUGUUAGCAUUUUAAGUGUAGCAUGUGGAGAAUAACAAGGUUACAGAAUUGCAUGAAGACAUGAUUAGUUAAUAGCCUCCUCUCGUUCAUUCUGUCUUCGUUUUUGUUUCUGAAGCCUUAAGCUCUUUGCAGCUUGAGUUGUUUAUGAUAUUUCUGUCAGUAUAUACUUUUAAGAAGUAUGUGCACUUGGAACUGAAACUGUUUCCACAUGCAACUAAACAGAACACUCCACGGGGUGAAGUACAACUCCAGGGGCCUGAGCUGCUGUAGUGGAUACAAUUACAUUUUUGAAGGGAGACAAUGUAUAAAAUUGCAUGCAAAAUUCAAGGAAGGAUAAUGGCAAAGAUUUUGUUUGCUGCAAAGUUUUAUCGAUGUUUGACUUUUGACAUCUUACACAAUGUCGCUGGUGUCAGAAUAGAUUCACACAAAACUUUUGGUUUUAAUUGGAAGAAUUUGUAUUUCAAAGCCAGUGUCUAUAUUUUAAUCGUAUUCUUUUGUGAGCCCCAGGUUUAUGACCAUUCCUGACAUACGUCCAGUAGUCCCACAGAAAGCAGUCAGAUUUCCCAGCAUUACAUUUGAGUGUCUUCGUAACUCACUGAACGCAAUGUUAAUACCACAAGGGGAGAUCUUUCUAAGUCUGAGCUAUGAGCUGGGGAGUUACUGGGCGUAAGGAACUCAUCCCAUUUUCCGGUUUAAUUACAGAUAAAGAGAAGCCAUUCCACUCACUUUGUUGAUCCAGUCAAUCCUACAUUCCCUCAUUUUGGCAUUUAUCUGGCUGAUCACUGACCCCCAGGAGUUUUGCUUCCAUUUUUUUCUUGGAGGGAGUUCCCUGAGGGAAUAUCUAAGUUUGUCUCUCACCAGUUCAGCUGAUCUAACCUUCUCAAUUUAACAUAAUAUUCUGAAUUUUCUUUAUUAUUGGAAAUAUUGAAAUAGGAGUGGGUUAUGCAAACCCUCGAGCUUGUUCUGUCUCAUCUACAGUCUAAACUCCAUUUAUCCAUCUUGAUCCCAUAACGUUUAAUACCGUUCCCUAAUGAAAAUGUGCUGUGCUCAACUUGGAGACUUUCAGUUCCUUUGGGAAGAGAGUUACAGGUUUUUAUGACUCUUUGGAGUUAUUCUUGACAUCUCCUGUGAAUGGCGCAGCACAAUUUUUAACACUGUGACCCCUAAUUCUGGACUUGCCUUUAAUUAUGAAACAUUUAGGAUCAAUUUCUUCUCCUUACUUUGUUGCUGGAGGAGCUAACUCAUUUAUUCCAAAGGGGUUAGAUAGUCCAUGAUACAAAAGGGGAAUUUGACUCUGAAUGAGCCAAACGUAUAAUAAAGAACCCUGUUGCAAACUUAUACUUUUUGCACUUAUCAGGACAAAUGCAAGAGUGCCAAAUUUCAAUUGCUCACAAUUUAUGCAACAGACUUUGGGGAGGUGAUGGCUGAGCGGUAUUAUCGCUGGACUGUUAAUCCAGAAACUCAGGUCAUGUUUUCGGGACCU